CCUCCUCACCCUCGGCUCCGGAACCUUCCAGCUCUUCCUCCUCCUCCUCCUCCUCCUCGGUGCCGCCAUGGGCAACGCCAAGAGCGGGGCUCUGUCCAAGGAGGUGCUCGAGGACCUCAAGACGAGCACGCGCUACUCCGAGGAGGAGCUCUGCCGCUGGUACGAGAGCUUCCAGCGGCAGUGCCCCGACGGGCGCAUCAGCCGCGCCGAGUUCGAGAAGAUCUACGGCACCUUCUUCCCCAACUCGGACCCGCAGGGCUACGCCCGCCACGUCUUCCGCAGCUUCGACACCAACGACGACGGCACGCUGGACUUCCGGGAGUACAUCAUCGCGCUGCACCUCACCUCGUCCGGCAAGACCCACCUCAAACUCGAGUGGGCGUUCUCGCUGUUCGACGUGGACCGGAACGGAGAGGUCAGCAAGAACGAGGUGCUGGAGAUCAUCACGGCCAUUUUCAAGAUGAUCCCGGCCGAGGAGCAGAAGCUGCUGCCCGAGGACGAGAACAACCCCCAGAAACGCGCGGACAAACUGUGGGCCUACUUCAACAAGGGCGAGAACGACAAGAUCGCCGAGGCCGAGUUCAUCGAGGGCGUGAUGAAGAACGACGCCAUCAUGCGCCUGAUCCAGUACGAGCCCAAAAAGUGAAACCAAAAAAACCCAAAAAAACCCAAA